GGGCCCGGGAGCCCCACUCAGCCUCAGUCCCCAAGGCUCAUACGGCAGUGCUGGCACCAUGAGGCGAGGCCCCCGGAGCCUGCGGGGCAGGGAAGCACCGGUCCCCACGCCCUGCAUCCCGACCGAGUGCUACGACCUGCUGGUCCGUAAAUGCGUGGACUGUAGGCUCCUACGCAAAUCGCCGCCGAAAACAGCCGGAGCCAGCAGCCCUGCGCCUGAGACGGCGCUGCAGCCGCAGGAGUCGGUAGGCGCGGGGGCCGGCGAGGUGGCGCUGCCCCUGCCCGGUCUGCUCUUCGGCGCCCCCGCGCUCCUGGGCCUGGUACUGGUCCUGGCGCUGGUCCUGGUGGGCCUGGUGAGCUGGAGGCGGCGACAGCAGCGGCUUCGCGGGGCGGCCUCGGUUGAAGCCCCCGACGGAGACAAGGCGGCCCCGGAGCCCCUGGACAAGGUCAUCAUUUUGUCUCCAGGAACCACUGAUGCCACAGCUCCUGCCUGGCCGCCUCCUGGGGAAGACCCAGGAACCACCCCACCUGGCCACAGCGUCCCUGUGCCAGCCACAGAGCUGGGCUCCACUGAACUGGUGACCACCAAGACAGCUGGCCCUGAGCAUUAAUAGCAGAGAGCUGGCAGGAGGUGCCUCCUGGCCUCCCUCCAGACCCCAGCCAGGGGCUUGGAAAUCAAAUUCAGCUCUUCACUCCAGCAUGCAACUGCUUUCUUUCUGGGACCAGGCUAAACCCUGCAGAAGCACAGACAGCACCGACCACAGCAUUCAACCAGCAUAGACUUUGGUGUGCUUGCUUUUGGCUUCAGACCAUACCAUCUCUGACAGCCCUUGAAGGUGGUAGCCCAGCUCCUGUGCCUUCGAAAGGCUGGGGCGCUCUGAGUAAGAGACUUCUCUUUUAAAAUGGG